AUGGUGGAGUUUGUGCCUCUGUUAGUGCCUUGGGAGCGCUGGCUACAAAAUCUUGCCGUCCUUUUCUGGCUCUCAUGCUAUUUGCUCCUGGGCCUGACCUCCCUCGGGGUCUUUGUAGGCCUCCUGUUCACUAGGUUCUGGCUCUUGACUGUGCUGUACGCCUUCUGGUGGUUCCUGGACCGAGACACGCCGUGGCAGGGGAGCGGGCACAGAGAGAGCUACAGGCGCUUUGUCAUAUGGAAUUACAUAAGAGACUAUUUCCCAAUCUCGCUGAUCAAGACUGCUGAGCUGGACCCCUCCCGGAACUACAUUGCCAGCUUCCACCCCCAUGGGAUCUUGGGGGUUGGAACCUUAGUCAACUUGUGCACUGAGAGCACAGGCUUCUCCUCGCUUUUCCCUGGCAUCAAAACCCAUCUGAUGACGAUGAACAUUCUUUUCCAUUUCCCAGUCUUCCGAGAUUGCAUCUUGGCCUUGGGGGCAGUCUCUACAGACAAGGAGAGUGCUGCUCACAUUUUGACCAGGAAGGGCAAUGGGAACCUGCUGGCCAUCGUCGUCGGGGGAGCUAAGGAAGCACUGGAGGCCAGGCCUGGAUCCUACAGGCUGAUACUGAAGAAACGCAAGGGCUUCAUCAGGCUUGCCCUGACCCACGGAGCAGCCCUGGUGCCAGCCUUCUGCUUUGGGGAGAAUGACCUAUUUCAUCAGGUUCAGAACUCUUCUGGCUCCUGGUUGCGCCGUGUCCAGAAUUGGCUGCAGAAGAUCAUGGGCAUCUCCCUCCCACUUUUCUAUGGCCGUGGUAUCUUCUGGUACAGCUUUGGGUGGAUGCCUCACCGUCACCCUGUCACCACCAUAGUGGGGAAGCCCAUUGAGGUACAGAAGAUCCUGCAGCCUACAGAAGAGGAGGUGAACCAGUUACACCAGCACUACAUGGAGGAGCUGUGCAGCCUCUUUGAGGCCCACAAACUCAAGUUCAACAUUCCUGCUGAGCAACACUUGGAGUUCUGCUGAGCGCUUCCAGCCAGAGGAAGGAUUACCACAAGGUCAGGGCCAGCUGUUCAGUGCCCAGGAGGUGGAGCACAGACUUCUGCCAAUCCAACCACAUCUGUAGGCAUGAAGGAGAAGACCAGACUUUGCCAGCUCUGGUUUGCAGCCUUGCACCAAAGGGGACUGCAAGUUUCCCCCAGUGCAGUGUGAAAGGCUUGAGAAGGGAUGAUUUGUGAGACCUCCAUCCUCUGUUGUCAUGUCACUCCAAGAGUAUAAAAAGUAUAAAAGCAGAAGAAGAGAGCAAUGACGUUUUUCUUCUUCUACCUCUAAAUGAUAACACAAAGGAAACCACCAGCCAGUCCUUUCCCCUUGAUGCCCC